AUGGACCGGCCUACUUCACGAAGCUCCAGGGAGCUCACCAAGACCCGCUUCACAUCACCGGCAUCGGCCAUGACACAACCAUCGACGACUCCUAUCGUUCUCGAUAUGUCGGAAAAGCCACUGCCACCAUCAAACGACUCGGAUAUUGAGCAUACCGAUAAGAAGGAAAGCGGUACCGAAGAUGAGGGAAGCACGGCGGUGGACCAAGAGGAAGCCGAGGAGGAGUACAUCGAGGGCCUCAAGCUCAUCCUUGUCCUAGCGGCACUAACGCUCACUGUGUUUCUCAUGAUGCUGGACAUGUCUAUCAUCACUACGGCCGUUCCGGAGAUCACAACAGCGUUCAACUCUCUUUCUGACGUUGGAUGUGCCGCCCUGCAGCCCUUGGCCGGCAAGCUUUACACGCACCGUCAUUCGAAAGAAAUAUUCCUUGCCUUCCUCUUCGUCUUCGAGGCCGGAUCUCUUAUCUGCGCCCUCUCUAAUUCAUCAACACUGUUCAUCAUCGGACGGGCUGUCUCAGGCAUGGGAUCUGGGGGACUUUUCAAUGGUUCAUUGACUAUCAUCGGCGCCACCGUCCCAUUGGAAAAGAGACCGUUGAUAAUUGGGAUCAUGAUCGGUAUUUCGAACAUUGGCAUUGUCGCUGGACCUCUUGUGGGAGGAGCCUUGACUCAGUACACGACCUGGCGUUGGUGUUUCUACAUCAACCUUCCAAUUGGUGCAGUCACCGCAGCUAUGCUUUUCCUUAUCCACAUCCCGUCAAAGAUCACCAAGCCAGUCUCCCUCGUCCAAAUACCCCGAUAUCUCGAUCUUCCCGGUUUCGCCCUCUUCGCUCCCGCGGCUAUCAUGUUCCUUCUCGCUCUACAGUUCGGUGGCAAUGACUAUAGCUGGGACUCAUCGGUAGUUAUCGGCUUGUUCGUCGGCGCUGCCGUGACCGCUGGGCUAUUCAUCUUCUGGGAGCACAGGGAAGGCGACGAAAAAGCCAUGGUCCCAAUGGGGCUGUUCAAGAAUAGGAUCGUCUUGACGAGCAGUCUGGUUGGAGCCCUGAACAUGAGCAUUACACAGGUGUCAAGCUACUACAUCCCCAUGUAUUUCCAGAGCGUCAAGGGUGAGACGCCGUUCCGGGGUGGUGUUCACUUCUUGCCGACUAUCAUUGCCCAGUUGGUCUUUGCUGUCGCGUCAGGGGCUUUAGUUGGUAGGAUGGGGUACUACCUUCCCUGGGCUGUAUUCGGUUCCGUCUUAUCGGCGAUUGGUAACGGCCUCAUUUCUACCUGGGAUCCAUCUACAGAUUCUGCCAAGUGGAUUGGCUAUCAAGUCCUCCUCGGCGCCGGCCGUGGCGCCUGUAUGCAAAUGGUGAGAUAUGCUGUUAUGCGACUUGGAAAGGCCAAGCUAAUAUUCACGCUUCUCCAGCACAUCAUCGCCGUCCAAGCCAAUAUACCGCCAGCGACCCUUUCCGUAUCGAUGGCAAUGCUCGUCUUCAUGCAAACGUUUGGCGGUGCCAUUUUCCUGACAGCAGGCGAAGUCAUUUUCAGCGAAGGUCUGGGCAAGAACUUGGCAAAGUACGCUCCGGCAGUAGAUGUGAAGACAGUUCUGGCUGCGGGCGGCACAGGGUUUAGGACCGUUGUACCGGAGAGCGAUUUGCCUGGGGUGCUGGUGGCAUAUUCGAAGAGUAUCGGUGAGGUGUUUUACCUCAUGAUCGGAAUUGGUGGUCUCGCGUUUGUGCUCUCGUGGGGUAUGGGCUGGGUCGAUAUCCGUAAGAAGAAGGGGGAAAAGAAGGGCGACGUCUGA